UUCCGGGAACACGAUAUCUGCUGAUAUAUUUUCCACACCUGUUCAUAGCCCGACGGUGUACGACCCGUGUGCAUGUGUAUCACCUGCAGCUAUGUAUUUCCGCGUCUUUGACACGGUUGACGUAAACUCAAAGUAUGGAACAUCUGCUCUUAGAAGAGCGGUGCAGAGACAACUCGGGUUUUUUCAUUGCGUAGCUUCGAUUCGUGGAUUUUCCCGUUACUUUUUCUCAUACCGUUAUCUUUGCUAAAUGUUUAUGAAUUAUUGUAUUCGCGUCGUUUCGACGUUAUCGGCGAUACUGUUACGUGUACGUUUCGCUUAUCGCAGAACGUUUUGCGUACGUUGUACGCGUGUAAGUAUGUACGUACAUGUUCGCGGUGCAAUGCCUCGGAAUCUUGUCGGGUUUCGUAAUGAAAAAAAUUUAUUAUUAUCUCGGGAGUGACACGAACGUUUUUUUAAUAGAAGAUAAUAACAACAACGUCAAUCUAUGUAAACGAACAGUUGUCGCAGAUGUUGUUACCGAACUUGUUGUCUUUUUCAUCGUUGUUUACUUUUUUCAUAUUUCCCUCGCUAAUACCGCACAUUAUUGCGUAACGAGUAAUUUCUAUUAUUCAACCACCUACGCAAACUUGGAUACGUUAUAAAAAUUAUACACCGCUGACGCGUUUGUACACAUUUUUACCGUCGUUAUUCGUUCAAACAAAGAACUAUAAGUACGCCUUGUGGGAGAUGCGGCUGCUUUUGAGGAUUUCGUUAUUAAAGGAAGGCGUUAUAAGCUGCAUGUCCUCAUUUGCCACGGAGCGGAGAUGUGAUUCGCCACGAUCAUCCCUCGACAAUCGAACCCUACUCCGUAAUCCCCAUUUCGAGGGGGUAUAUAAAGAAUCGUGGAAUUAAUAAUCGUUCCUCCCAAGUUCCAUCGGCCAUCAUUACGUUAUUCACGCCCGUACAAUGGGACGACGGGUCAGAAAUUGAGGGACGGAGAGCGCUCGGGGUAUAAGCUUGCACAAUUCUUUUACUAAAGAGGAGGAGGAAUAAAAAAAAAAAAGGUGGAAAAAAAUCCUCUGACUUAUGGAAGCUACAUAGUCGGUGGUGUUGCACCGGCUGAUGGGAAAAUUGUGGAACUUGUCCCCAUUUUUCAUCUCCUUCUUGGACGCCAACGCCCCGUCCUCUCGUCCCUCUCGACGGUCAUCUUCUCCUCUGCAUUUUUAAGAAUGGGCUCGUAGUGGGCGGGUGGCUGUGCGAGGGAGAAAAACUAUUCAAUGGAUGAAUCGGAUGAAUGGGUUUUCAAAUCCAUUCAUAUCUAGUCUCGCUUACGUCGGCCGUGAGAACACGCCAAGGGGUGCAGGUUAAACGUCCUAACUUGCUAAAGCAUAUUUGUCAACUGCGUCGUACAGUUUUGCUUCAAAAAUACCACCAGCUAUGAUCGGAAAUCAUGGGAGUUGAUUCGAUGCGAAAAAAACCUGUCGCAUGUUCGUCGAAUGCAAAGUAAUUUAAUUCACCGAUGAUGCAAUCAUUAUUAAUCUCUUCUGAUUCGUCGGAUCGUUUGACCGGAGUCGAAAGGUCUGUCGUCCGUUUGAUUUUCACCGUUAGUUUUUUUCCUCUUUUGUCAAUUACGUGAUUCGGUAUUUAUUAUGGAAUUUGAAUUUAUCGUUUGGAGAAUUUCGUGGGAAGAAAUAACGCGACGUUCAACGCCGUACGGGUUUCGACGCAGCUGACCGUCGAGUUUCAAUUUAAAAAACCUACUGCACGCUUUUUAACCUUGACCCCCGUCUACACCUACCACCAUUGUUGUAGGUGAACUCCUAUGCAGGCUCGGAAUUUCUUCCUAAAAAAGAGACGACUUUACUCCUGGGAAAAACUCCGGCGCAGCAAGGGGAGCAUUUACCCUUCAUGCAUUCGUGGUCCGGAUCGCCAGCCCUUGGACAGGGACAUUUUGCCUCGUCUUCUUUGGAAAGGUACGGAGAUUCUACCGGACUUUCAAAGGGUCUGCGCGAAGAUUGCCCGAAGUUUUUAUCAAUCGGUGUUCUUCGAAGAAGGCUCGAACCCGCCGAAGAUGGUGUACAUGGCGGGGGGCAGAGCGAGGAGGAAGUCGGAGAUUUCGGCGUGGCGAUCAUUCGGAAAUUUUAAUUCAGACUUAUCGGAUAUGAGAGCAGAGCAUCGCGUCGUUUGCUGCAGGUCCUCACCGACGACCCCAGGGACUUAUUCGUUCGGCCCCGUCACUCCGAAUACACCCUGUGAAUCCGAUGGAAAAUUUUACCAGGAGAUAGCGACCGAGAUGAUCGGAAACGCCUUGAUUAUUCGCGUGGAAAAAGACAAGAAUAAAUCGAGGAACAGAACGCGAGGGCGUUGGGAUCCGCCUUGCGAUUGCGACAUGGUUGAAAUAAGGAGGCCGUCCUCCAACGCCGAAAGCGCAAAGAUAAUCAACGGCGGCGACAGCAAUCAGGUGCUUUUCAAAGUAUUCUCAAAUCCUCAAAUACCCAAGGACGACGUUAACUACAAGCCGCAGACAAUCGCCUACAAAGUUGGCGCGUGCAGAGGGGGUCCUCACAGCAACGAUCAGUGCAGGACGAUAACCGUCGAACCGCGACUCGGAGGACCCGGAUCCCAGGAGGUUCACAGCGACCAUAUCCAGGAAGGGAACAGAGACGUGUUCCUGCUACGCAUUAAGAAAAAAGGAGACACUAUGGAUCCGAAGCAGAGGAAUAUCGAACUCGAAUUGAGGACCCCGAUGCCCCCCUGUCCGCUCGCCUCGCCGCCAGCAUCCGAAUCGACAUCUCCCGACGAUAUCAUCGCCGAAAAUCAAUCGGCGACAACGAUCAAUGGCAAGAAAAAAGAGAAGGGGAAAGGAGGAAAAGCCAAGGGGAAAAAAAAGGCAAAAAAUUGAGCGCACCUGACUUCUAUGACAGCCGGGGGCGAAGAACUAUUUUUUGGUGGUUCCCAUAGCCAAAUAGCGCACAGUUCUCGCUUGACCAGCUACGCGGGACAAUGGGGACCGCUCGUAAUUCUUUCGCCAUGGAAGUCCAUUCGGCGAUAUUUGCAAGAGAAUUGAAAGUCAGGGCAUCGAUGGAAGUUGUCAACGGUCGGCGUUUGUUGCAGCGAAAGGUACACGCUUGCGUGUACGCUAAGUAGUUUUACUGCGUACAAUUUUCCAUGCCUGGUUAUUCUACUCGUCGUUUUAUUGUAUUAGAGGACGAGAAGUGGUCAGCCCCAAGAGGCAACUCGGUUUCAUUCAUCGCCUCUGCAGAGUCAUAGUUCAACGGUGUAUCAUCGUAGGAUCACAGAGCCUCCGUAAAGACCGGGUCAAUGAAUAGGCGGGUCGAAUUUUCGUCUCGACUUAUUCCCGAUGAUAGAACGAAUGAGUAAUUCAACUUCGACUCCAAUAGCUGUAUCGUCCUGUUACCGAGGAAUAAAUAUUCGCUGAAUUAUAUGAGGUAAAGUUAAAUUUUACAGCAGCGACAAUGAAUAUAUUUUCAUCGGUUAUCACGGGCUACCUAUCAUUCCGUUUUCCGCAAACCGAAUGUCCGCACACAUUCCGUAAGAUUAGAGAUUUAUUUUUCAAUGGGAUUUCGAUGGCAUAGGGUAAGGAGAAAUAUAUCGCAUCGACGGGGGACGAGAAUCGCAGCGGAGAGAAAACACAAUAGUUUCUUUCCUCAGAGUUUGACUGAGAAAUGAUUACGACAGGUCAAUAAUACGCGAAGUAAAAAAGGAGCAGUUCAUUGUCAUAUUCUUUCAUUCAUUCUUUCUACCUCUGAAUGAUAGAGCUGCAUUAUUAAACACAGUUUUUCACGGGAGUCAAUAAAAAUGUGCGACGCCUAGUUUUGUGGUCGAACGGCGGACUAUAAAUUAGAGACUAUGAAAGCAUGCGUCGGUCGAAAAAGAUCGGGGAUGAAAUCCUGACCGCAAGAGCGUGACCACCGAGAUUCUUGCUCGCGUAUUGUGUACCACUGCACAUAGUGAAACCGCAAUAACCUUUCUUCGACGCGAUAAAAUACUGCGGCCAGAAGAUCCACAGAACUGUAAAACCUCCCUCACUCAGAAUUAUGUCACGGACGUUCGGAUGAGUUGUGGAAUCCAUGGGCGAUGAUUUUGAUCGCGAAUUCACCAUCCGAAGUUACAUUCAUAUUAAAAAUUAAAAUUCUGUCAUUCGAGCCCAUAGGAAUUUAUUUUUGUUUCAAAAACAGAUUCGCAAGCCCGACUUGUGACUUGGACAAUUCUCCUUAGGAAUCCGACAAAAGCCAUGCACCGCUGAUUCAGUAUAAAAGUUGUAUAAAUUUAAAUUGGCUUUGGAUUUUUUCGAUUCUUGUGCCGAAAAAAAAAAACAAUGAAAUUACAUUGUAUGCAUGUACUUUGGUCUCAGGAAUACGUUUAACGCCAUUGAAAAUGAGGCUACAAAUGAACUCCAUCAAGAUUUCUUAACUCUAGCCCACGGAACGCAAAGUUAACUAUAACUUGAUCAUUCGAUAACGCUGCGAUUCAGUUCGUUCAUGAUUAUUAACUUCCUUCGUUUCUGUGACAAAAGGAAGAUUUGCAGCCUUGGAACCACUUCGCCCUGAAUCUACAUGACAAGACUGCCCGGUAUAUCUGCAUAGUGGAUUAUUACAUUUAGAAACCGAAUGAGAUUACAUACAUUAUUUAUCAUGUAGCCAUAGAUCACACACUCCCUGGAAUAUGAUAAAUAUGGAUCUAAUUGAAAACAUCUGUAAAUUUCACUGUAACACGUUGAUUGUAAUAACACAUGCCUUCGAAUGAAUAAAUUCAUGUCUAUAGUAGCGAAAAA